GCAAGUCUCUGCUCAUUAAUUUAACUGAUUUUCAGUCGAGUCGAAAGAAGAACAGUCAGAUCCCAGUGGUUUCAUGAAAACCAAAAGGAUUUAUCCUUUUUAAUUGUCCAGUGACAAUUUGGAAGGAUAGAACAAGGAAAAUAAUCUUUAAAGAUGAUGAUGAAGACCAUGUUGCUGCUGAUCUCAGUACUCCUAACUGAACCUCUUCAGUCCAAGGGCAGACCAUCCACACAAGAUGAGACGUUAGCCCUGGUCGAGCCAAUGCUGUACACUUUAUAUCCGGGGGACAGACUGGAGCUGAGCUGUCAAGCUAUAGAGGAGAUACAGGAAGUGACCUGGACUAAGGACCACGUUCCCCUGGCUGACGGAGAGCACACCCGCCUGCGCAACCAUCAGAUGGAGAUUGAGACAGUAGAGCCGGCCGACUCUGGUCUGUAUGCAUGCUUUGCUCAGGGACCCAACAGCAACCACACAGAUUACUUCAAUAUCAACGUUACAGAUGGAUUGGCUUCCUCAAAAGACAAUGAAAAAGAUGAGACUUCCUCAGACGACACCAAGCUAUCAAGUCACCAGAAACUGCUUCCAAUGGCGCCUGUCUGGGCUCAGCCUGAUAAGAUGGAGAAGAAGCUCUACACUUUUCCUGCCAGCAAAACCGCCAAGUUCCGUUGCCAGGCCAAUGGUAACCCUACACCAACAGUCAAGUGGCUCAAGAACGGCAAAGAGUUUAAGAAAGACCAGAGAAUAGGAGGCUAUAAGAUUCGAGAGCACAUGCGGACCAUCAUAAUGGAGUCGGUGGUACCGUCAGACAAAGGCAACUACACCUGCCUGGUGGAAAACAAACACGGCAGCAUCAAUCACACCUACCAGCUGGACGUAGUCGAGCGUUCACCACAAAAGCCGAUUCUUCAGGCUGGGUUGCCUGCUAACCGUACAGUAGUGGAGGGGAGUGACGUGGAGUUCGUCUGUAAAGCCUUCAGCGAUCCUCAGCCUCACAUCCAGUGGCUGAAGCAUAUCUUGGUCAACGGAAGUAGAUUUGGCCCUGAUGGACUGCCAUAUGUUCGGAUCUUGAAGACUGCAGGCGUCAAAACCACGGAUAAGGAGAUGGAGGUACUGUUUAUCAGGAAUGUGUCUUUAGAGGAUGCUGGAGAGUACACCUGCUUGGCUGGAAACUCUAUAGGCCACUCCCAUCACUCUGCAUGGUUGACUGUCUAUAAAGCAUCAUCCUCCAGUCAAGCUCCAGCCGUCUUACGCCUGACUUAUGUACUGCCAUCUGUCCUGGUCUGCAUGCUUUUCCUAGUCAUGGUAGUGUUGUUUGUUUGCUUGUAUUUUGAGCCAAAUAAGGCUCGCAAUUUUCUCUGCACCUGAGGCCUCAUUUUCACCUUCCACAAAUUCGGACAUACUUAAAAUACAACAUGCUGUUAUUUCUUCAUUUACAAAAUCUUAAUGUAGGUUGUGAUGAAAAGUUAAAUGUUUUCUAUGAAAGACUGUAGUGAAAGUUGUUUUAUAUUUGUAUUAUUAGUUUUUUAAAUACAUUCUGCAAAGUAUGAGUGUGUGUGUGUGUGUGUGUGUCUGUGGUUCAGGUAUACUCUACAUCAGGGGUGCCCAAGCCUGGUCCUGGAGAUCUACCUACCUUCAGUUUCAGUUUCCAGGACCGGGUUGGACACCCCUGCCCUACAUUAUGGGGACAAAAUAUCCCCUCAAAGAUGGCAAUAUCUAAAACCCUUGUGGGGACAUGUUGGGCAACAUGAGGAAAGGAGCCAAUUCAAGUUUUUAUUUGUAUUUUUUAAUCUAAAAGAGGAAAACACUGUAUGUGAGGGAUGGUUUAGGCUUAUAGAAAAUACCGUUUGUACACUAUAAAUCCAGUACACCUAUAAAAUGUCCCAAUAAAACAUGGAAACCCAACUCGUGUGUGUGUGUGUGUCACUUUUAAAUACAAUGUUCCAAUAAAAUAUAAUUUAUACAGACAGUAAGUUGGAGUGGUGUCUCUAUUUUCUAUCAUUUCGUUUUAUCAUUUCACUCUGCAACCCUGUGGAUGGCAACAGCUCCUCCGAGUUUGGGGCAGCUGACAGGAGUCACCCGUUCCCUGUUCCUACCCAUCAUGGUGGAUGGCUGCAGGCUCUAGCCUCAGGCAAAUGGCGACUGCUCCACCAUGCUCGAUGGCACCGUGGAUUCCCCACAGUGGCAAGAGCUCUGUGACAGCAUGUCCCUCCUUCCUCCUGGGUUUUGGUACCAAUGUAAUACAGUUUCUAGCUCGGGGAAGAAGGAAGUGGCAACGGGCAAACAUUUCAACAUGAGUUUAAUAAUAAGUAGAGAUGUUCCGAUACCCUUUUUCUCUUCCCAAUACCGAUUCCGAUACCUGGGCUCAGGGAAUCGGCCGUUACCGAGUACUGAUCCGAUACCUGGGUGUGUAUCUGUAUAUACAGCUGUAUAUACUACUAGCCCUGUGUAAAUGGCUAGAAUUAUUUUAUAGUGUGCUUCAGUCUUAUCCCUUAAUA